AACUGCGCCUCAUCCUUUCCGAAUCACUGUAUUUCGUCUUCGGCUCUUCGCCGUCUGUAAAGAAAAUGAAGUGAAAAAAAAUAGUAUCCUUUUCCUAUCCGUUCUAUACACAUAUUGACAUAUAGCUGCCGAUUCUCAAACUCCGUUUUGCAACAUCUCCGUUCAAAGGUAUCUUCAUUCUUGGGUCUUUCAGCUCCAGAAAUUGUAACAAACAAGAAUUUGAUUUUACAUCCAGGUGGUUGUGGUUGAAUUUGAAUCAGUGUGCCCCAUAUGGCUUCCUUUAGAGCAUUUCUGAACAGUCCUGUUGGCCCUAAAACAACUCACUUCUGGGGUCCUGUUGCCAACUGAGGAUUUGUUGUAGCUUAAUAUAAGGUGGAAUAAGUUGCAAGAUGUCAUUCCUACUGAAAUAAGGGAACUAAAGCAAUCUCUGUUUAUAUAAGUACGAAGCAGAGAAGAAGAAUGGAGGCGCUACACCCAUUCAAGCACCUCAUCCACUUUGCUUCUUUGAGGUCUACCCGAGCAAUUCAAUUUCGAAACCCUUCUUCUUGUUUCAUUGUUCACUGUUGCUCUUCUUCUUCUUCCGCCACCGCCGUCGUCACUGACAGAGCCGCCGGCCGUAACCGGCGGUCCUCGUCCAACUCUAUCACCUCCACCUCCACCUCCGACAGAGAAGCCAUUCGCGCCAUCCGCAUCAAGAAGGUGGAAGAAUUAAGAAUCAAGGGCUUGGAACCCUAUGCGUACAAGUGGGAUAGGACUCAUACAGCUAAUCAGUUACAAGAGAUUUAUAAAGAUCUAGGAAAUGGUGAAGAGUCAAGCAAUGAGAAUGAUUAUGUCUCAAUAUCAGGAAGAAUUGUGGCUCGCAGAGCUUUUGGAAAACUUGCGUUUUUUACCUUGAGAGAUGACUCUGGGACAAUUCAGCUCUACUGUGAGAAGGAAAGGCUCUCCAGUGAUCAAUUUGACCAGUUGAAGACACUUGUUGAUAUAGGAGAUAUCUUGGGUGCUCGUGGUUCAAUCAAACGCACUGAGAAAGGGGAGCUAUCAGUUUGUGUGAAUUCAUUUUCAAUUCUUACGAAGUCCCUACUUCCAUUGCCGGACAAAUAUCAUGGCCUAACAGAUGUAGAUAAGCGCUACCGGCAGCGGUAUAUAGAUAUGAUUGCAAACCCUGAGGUAGCAGAUAUAUUUCGGAAGAGGGCAAAGAUUGUUUCUGAAAUUCGGAGAACAGUUGAAUCUUUUGGCUUUGUUGAAGUUGAAACACCAGUUCUUCAGGGAGCAGCUGGUGGAGCUGAGGCUAGGCCAUUUAUUACUUACCAUAAUUCUCUUGGUAGGGAUCUUUAUUUGAGAAUAGCAACUGAACUCCAUUUGAAGAGAAUGCUGGUUGGCGGAUUUGAAAAAGUUUAUGAGAUAGGCCGGAUAUUUAGGAAUGAAGGCAUAUCAACGCGUCAUAAUCCUGAAUUUACCACCAUAGAGAUGUACGAAGCAUAUUCAGAUUAUGAAAGCAUGAUGAAUAUGGCAGAAGAAAUUAUAACAAGAUGUGCUCUUGCAGUUCAUGGGAAACUUACUGUGGAUUAUCAGGGUGUAGAGAUUUGCCUAGAAAGACCUUGGAGGAGAGAGACAAUGCAUAAUCUCGUGAAAGAAGCUACUGGAAUUGAUUUCAACCAGUUUGGUGAUGAUCUUACAGCUGCUAAAGAACUUGUUCUUAAAACAAUUGAUGUUUGUCAUGACAAUCAACAGAAAAGCUAUAUUGAAGCAUCCCGAUCUGUUGGCCAUUUGCUUAAUGAGGUCUUUGAGAUGGUAGUGGAACCAAAGCUUCUUCAGCCAACAUUUGUUUUGGACUACCCAAUUGAAGUAUCUCCACUUGCCAAACCCCACAGAAGAUAUUCAGGGUUAACAGAGAGAUUUGAACUUUUCAUUUGUGGUCGUGAGCUGGCAAACGCCUUCUCUGAAUUAACUGAUCCUCUCGACCAGAGAGGACGAUUGGAAGAGCAAGUGAGGCAGCAUAAUGAGAAAAGAGAGGCUGCAGUUUCAGAAGCAGCUGUUGAGGGAAAGGAUGACGAUGACGACGACUCGUAUGAAGUGACUCUUGAUGAAGACUUUCUCACGGCUCUAGAAUAUGGGAUGCCUCCCGCUUCUGGAAUGGGACUUGGCAUCGACAGGCUAGUAAUGCUUUUAACAAACGCUGCCAGCAUCCGCGAUGUCAUUGCUUUCCCAGUCCUCAAGGCUCAACAGAAACUUACCGAGUAGCAAUGGAUAGGUAGGAAUUGUCUUUCCAUAAGAUUGGCUACUGAUGCAAUCAAUGCAGAUGGGUUCAACAAAUUCUUCCAUUUUUCUUCAUGGGAUCUUAUGGGUUGUGUCACCCAUGUUCUAUUCUUGCUGAUCUGAAGUCAAUUUUGUAUGUGAUAUGAAGAACAUAAUAUGAAAAAGGAAUUUAAGUUUGGUAUAUAUGAACUUUAUUGGCCCAGGGGAAUCGAAUCCGGGUUCUUCCGAAAUUCUUCCCCACAAAAAGAGCUUAUUUGCCACUUGAACUACCCCAUUGGGUUAGGAUAAGUUUAAUAUAUAAGGGUGUCAUAGUAA